ACGUGGUCACGUGACACGGGUUUAGCGCUCUGUUUCUGGACUCUGUAAGGUUACAAAAAUAUGAUUGAAAUGCCAACAUUCUUUUCUUUAUUGAUUGGUGAUCGCCAACGGACGCCCCGUAGCCACUUGGAAAUCAUUUUUUAUGGACGGAGCGCUAAGAAUUCUCGCCUGAAAAUUCCAGAGCUCGGGCUAAACGUCACGUGACCAACACGCGACUGGCGGUUUGGUAAAGAUGGCGGAAGGUGGUUAGAAAACAGAGAAGCGAAUAGGGUAAUAUCCCCAGUUAACGCAGCGAUAAACGGAACGCCCGUUCACUGAUAAAUGAUGGAUCCUGGACAGGAUUUGCUUCUGGCAGCCCUGAGCGAGAGCGGCAUCUGCCCAAACGACCUGUUUGACUUUGACCCUCAGGAUGCUGCACUGCCCUCUCCAACCCCACAGUCCAUCUCCAUCAGUGCCCUGGGUGUUGGCUCGGGGAUGGAGCCAACGGGAGUCACAGCUCCACCCACUCCAACAGUCACAAUCAGGCACAAGCCUCAGGCCUCAACCACAACAUUUGUCUUAAAUCAACUGAAUCAGUUGCCAUCGCUGGGAACAAUCGUUGUGACCAAGCCCUCAACUGGAGGCACGGCCAGACAUACCAUCACAGUCACCAAGGUAGUCCAUACCACUCCCUCAGCCCUGCGGGGGUCCACUUCCACACUCACCUCCUCCACGGCUCUCCCCUCAGUCUCCACAGUGGUUUCUUCCAGCAGAGAGCAGAUCCAGCUGAAGGACUUGUUGAGGACAGGCGGUCUGAAGAGUAGUAGUCUGGUGGAACUCAUGAGGCUCAAGCCGCCGCCAGACAUCGCCCAGCCGGUCGCCACAGCAACAGGCACCAAGAUAAUACUGGUCUCGACAAAGAUGAUCCAUAAACCAGUGGAUCUGAACAACGGGAUAAAGGAGGUGUCGGGUAAAGACGCCGCUCGGAUCUGGGUGAACGAUGACGUGAAAGUGCGGAGCUUCUCACCUACAUUAAAACUCCCAGGAAUGAAAGAGGAGGAGGAGGCUGAGGAAGAGGAGGAUGAAGAGUUGGGUCAUGCCGAGACAUAUGCGGAGUACAUGCCCAUGAAAUUGCGGAUCGGGCUGCGUCACCCAGACCCGGUUGUGGAGACAAGCUCCCUGUCCAGUGUGAAUCCUCCCAACGUGUGGUACAGAAUGUCGAUACCAGAGGAGACCAUCGACCGCGGCUGGCUGUCUGCCCUGCAGCUGGAGGCCAUCACGUACGCUGCCCAGCAACAUGAAACAUUCCUCCCUAACGGUGACCGAGCGUCCUAUCUGAUAGGAGACGGGGCCGGAGUGGGGAAGGGCCGGACCAUCGCUGGGAUCAUCUACGAGAACUAUCUUCUGGGCAGAAAGAGAUCACUCUGGUUCAGUGUUUCUAAUGACCUGAAGUAUGAUGCAGAGAGGGAUCUGAAAGACAUCGGAGCCAAGAACAUUCCGGUCUAUUCCCUCAACAAGUUUAAGUAUGGUAAGAUCUCGUCCAAACACAACGGCAGUGUGAAGAAGGGGGUGAUCUUCGCUACGUACUCCUCUCUGAUAGGAGAGAGCCAGUCUGGAGGGAAGUACAAGACCCGCUUCAAACAGCUGCUCCACUGGUGUGGACAGGUCUUCGACGGAGUUAUUGUGUAUGACGAGUGUCACAAAGCCAAAAAUGUCUGUCCCAUCGGCUCGUCCAAACCCACCAAGACUGGACUGGCCGUCCUGGAGCUGCAGAACAAACUGCCCAAGGCACGGGUGGUGUACGCUAGCGCAACUGGUGCGUCUGAGCCCCGUAACAUGGCCUACAUGAGCCGGCUGGGCAUCUGGGGGGAGGGGACCCCCUUCAGAGAGUUUAGCAACUUCAUUCAGGCUGUGGAGCGCCGAGGUGUGGGUGCUAUGGAGAUAGUUGCCAUGGAUAUGAAGCUGAGGGGGAUGUACAUCGCCAGGCAGCUGAGCUUCACGGGCGUUACGUUCAAGAUCGAGGAGGUUCCCCUGACAACCCACUACAUCAAGAUGUACAACAAGUCUGUUCGCCUGUGGGUGGCUGCGCGGGAGAAGUUCCAGGCGGCUGCUAACCUGAUGGAUGCAGAGCAGCGGAUGAAGAAGUCCAUGUGGGGUCAGUUCUGGUCGGCCCACCAGAGGUUCUUCAAGUACCUCUGCAUCGCCUCCAAGGUCCGCAGGGUGGUGCAGCUCGCCAGGGACGAGGUCAAAAACGGAAAGUGUGUGGUGAUUGGUCUCCAGUCGACAGGAGAGGCCAGAACACUGGAGGCCCUGGAGGAAGGAGGAGGAGAGCUCAACGACUUUGUCUCCACCGCCAAAGGUGUGCUGCAGUCACUUGUAGAGAAGCACUUCCCAGCUCCAGACAGACAGAAGCUGUUCAGCCUGCUGGGCAUCGACCUGCCGGCCAUGAAGACCCCCUUGCCCAGCGAGGCCGCAGCAGAGCAGAAGGGCAAGAAGAGGAAAGGUGCUGAGAUAAAGAAGGCAGAGAAGAGGAAGAGAAAGUCAGGUGGUCUGUCGGGGAGCAGCUCUGACGACAGCGAAUCAGUGGAGUCUGAUAAGGACUAUGCAGAGAGUGACGACAGCUUCAAGUCGGUCAGCUCGGGAGAAGAUGACGAAGACGACUUCAACCCCUUCAAGGAUGAUUCCAGCGAGGAUGAGGAGGAUGACCCCUGGCUGUCUGGAAAGAGGAAAGGGGUGAAGAAAUGCAAGGAGAAGAAGAAUAAAAAGAAGAAGAGCAUUGACCCAGACUCUAUCCACAGUGCCUUGUUAGCCUCUGGCCUGGGCUCCACCAGGCCUGCUUUCACCACCCCAACAGUCAAGACCUCCAGCACACCUGCCAUAGCCAAGGUAGAGGUAGAUGACGGCUGUAUGACCAGUCAGGAUGCUGUGGAAGAUGCUCAGCAGAUGAAGAGAGAUCUGUUGGACCAGCUGGAGAAGCUGGCUCAGGAUCUACCUCCCAACACUCUGGAUGAACUCAUAGACGAGCUGGGAGGACCCGACAACGUGGCUGAGAUGACUGGGCGUAAAGGCCGGGUGGUCAGUAAUGAUGAUGGCAGCAUCUCCUACGAGUCUCGCUCUGAACUGGAUGUUCCUGUGGAGAUCCUCAACCUCACAGAGAAACAGAGGUUCAUGGACGGAGAGAAGAACAUAGCCAUCAUCUCAGAGGCGGCCAGCUCGGGCAUCUCCCUGCAGGCUGACCGGCGAGUGAAAAACCAGAAGAGGAGGGUCCACAUGACCCUGGAGCUACCCUGGAGCGCAGACCGAGCCAUACAGCAGUUUGGGAGGACCCACAGGUCUAACCAGGUGACGGCUCCUGAGUAUGUGUUCCUCAUCUCUGAGCUGGCUGGGGAACAGAGGUUUGCCUCCAUUGUGGCCAAGAGACUGGAGAGCCUGGGUGCCCUCACCCAUGGAGACAGAAGAGCAACAGAAACGAGAGAUCUCAGCAGGUUCAACUUUGACAACAAAUAUGGCAGAAAUGCCCUGGAGAUUGUGAUGAAGUCCAUCGUCAACCUGGACUUUCCGUUAGUGAAUCCUCCAUCGAACUUCGAAGGGGAUUUCUACAAAGAGAUCCGUCAUGGGUUGAUCGGAGUGGGUCUGAUCAAUGUGGAGGACAGAUCAGGGAUCCUGUCUCUGGACAAAGACUACAACAACAUAGGGAAGUUCCUGAACCGUAUCCUGGGGAUGGCAGUGCAGGAGCAGAAUGCUCUGUUCCAGUACUUCUCUGACACACUGGCAGCCGUCAUACAGAACGCCAAGAAGAAUGGACGCUACGACAUGGGCAUUCUGGACCUGGGUUCUGGGGAUGAGAAGGUGAAGAAGAUGGAAGCCAAAAAGUUCCUGACUCCAGGCUACUCCACCUCCGGACACGUGGAGCUCUAUACGGUGAGUGUGGAGAGAGGCAUGUCCUGGGAGGAUGCUACCCACGCCUGGGCUGAGCAGAGUGGUCCAGACGAUGGCUUCUAUGUACAGAUAAGGAACAACAAGAAGACUGCUAUCUUGGUGAAGGAGGUGAACAGUAAGAAGAGGCUGUUCCUGGUCUACAGACCCAACACAGGCAAACAGCUGAAACUGGAGGCCUACGCUGACAUCAAGAAGAAGUGUAAAAAGGUGCUGUCAGACGAUGCCAAGCAGCACUGGAUUGACCAGUACAAGUCUUCAGCUGAGAUCUGCUCUCAUGCUUACUGGCGUGGUAACUGUAAGAAGGCGUUGGUGGGUCUGCAGUGUGAGGUGGGUCUGCGCUGCAGGACGUACUAUGUCUUGUGUGGCUCUGUGCUCAGCGUGUGGACCAAGGUGGAGGGAGUCCUGUCCUCCGUCAGCGGAACCAACAUCAAGAUGCAAAUUGUCCGUCUCAGGACGGAGGACGGGCAGAGGAUCGUGGGCCUGAUCAUUCCAGCCAACUGCGUCUCUCCUCUGACCAACAUCCUGUUGUCGUCUGACCAGUCUCAGCAACUGGCUGUUCAGCAGCAGCAGAAGUGGCAGCAGCUGCACCCUCAGAGCCUCAGCCACACACAUAACAUGGGUUCACCACCAAGUCCGACCUGAUGGGCUUCGACCCCCAUCUUCUCCUCCACACCCUGGGUUCUUGACCCAACCUGAUGGGAUAUGACCAUAUUUCCAUCUGAAUCUCCACUUUGACGCUACACCACCACCCCUCCUCCUCCCUCUCCGUUCCUCCUGAGGUGCUGCUUGUGGUUCUCCAUGUAGCUAAACCGCGGUGGCAGAGUUAAGAUUUCAGGGUUCAUGUCCAAAGAGGAGACUCAGUCUCCCUGUUGUCAUCCAGAGGAGUUGGCUUGACGACUACUAUUCCUCUGAGAUUCAGAGCUGAAGAUUUAGAAGAGGCUGCGGUGAUAAAGCGGGGAGAGUAGAGGAUGCUGGCGAAGAGGCAUUAUUAAAAAUGCCUGAGACUGUUUUUCUGUUACCUCCUAUACCCCUCCCCACUCCUCCUAUGUAAAUGAUGGCUUGUGCUUUCUGUUAGUGACGUUCCUACCACUGCCUUCUCUACUGAAGGCUGGGGGACGUCACCUAGGUUUUUGUUUUCUACAGGUGACAGGACAGUGCUCAGGGGUUCGUUAAGCUACACAGUGACAAUUUUUUAAAAACAGAUGUUUUACAAAAUGUCUACCUGAGAUGCAUGACCACACACCAACUUUCUUUCUUCAUUUUAGAUUUUACUCUGUCAAGUCUGGGGCAUGAUGACUACUCUCACCAUAGUUGCAUCUAAAAUGACACCCUAUUGCAUAGGUAGUGCACUACUUUUAUGUUAUUCACCAUCUAGGGAAUAGGGUGUAAUUUCCGACGCAAUCCUUGUUUCUUUCAGACAGACAAGUGUAUCAAACAUGGGUGUAUUCUUUCUACCUACAGAAUUGUUUACAGCUUGACUAUCAAGAAUUGUGACCGUGCAUGGUUUAAAAUACCUGUUUAUUUUCCUGCAUUUAUUCCUCUGCAUUCAAAAGAUGUUCGGAACGGGUUGUUUGAUAUGUGGCAUCAGAUUCUUAUCUUGUACUAUCAAACUACAGUAGAUACACUCCUGGAGUGGUAUUAUAGAACUACACGUGAAAGGACAGAUCUUGUUUGUCAAUACAAGCUGUCUAAUAACGCUACAUGAAAAGCUAGUAUUCAAGAUAGUUUAUUGAUGAAUUCAAAACUGAUCCCUUUCUUUUUACCUCAUGUAGGUGUGUGUAAAUCUGAAAGGAUUGGCUAGGUGUAUCCAAUGUGGUGAAGAUUCUACCUUGGAGGCAAAGGUGGAAUCAAUUAGCAUAUUUGCUCAUAUCUAUCUGAUCCUUUAGAUCACAUGUCAAACUCAUCCCACGGAGGGCCGAGUGUCUGUGGGUUUUCUCUCCUCCCUUGUACUUGAUUGAUUAGUUAAUUAGUAAGGACAACCC